AUGAGCGAGGAAGGCGUCGAGGUGAUCAAGUCCCGGCUCUCUGUGCUUCUGCAUGCUGUGAACGGUGCCUAUCCCCGCAAGGAAGUUGCGAAGUUGCGUGGGGCAAGUGAGAUGGACCGCCGCCACGACUGGGAUGCUUUGUUACUCAAGUUGUACCUCUUAGGCCCGAAGUCCCGACGGGGCGAUGGAAAAGAUAUUUUGCUUGAGCAAACGCUUAAUUUCCCUCGUAAUCUAGCACUCGAUUUUAAAAGCAUCUGGGAGGUCGGCAGAGCACUCAAGAUCAACAAUCACGUCCAGUGGAAGUGCAGUCACACCAACACAUGCGGACAUCGCUACUUUGUCAAAGAACUGCCGAGUUCGAAACAUGAGGCAAGUAGAGAAAAUCAGCGUAUGCACGAUGGUGCGGAGACUACGCACCUGCAUCUCGGGGCCGGCAGCCUUGCGGAGCAUGGAGAUUUUCUUGAGCUGCGCGGUGCGAUAGGUGCGAUAGGUAUCGAUAGAAGCUUGAUAUCGCUGACCGCUGGUUGGACAUCGCAUCUCGAAGCUUCGAAAACGUGGAUCGUGCGUCUCUCUAGCGACAUCGGGACCCUUAGACCUGCUCCUAACCUCUCGCAGCCGCAAGCACUCAUUGCCGCAUCUGAGACCUUGCGUUUGUCUGUAGGCUGUGGAAAAAUACAGAGACAGCGAGAAGAUUAUCGUAUCUCAUUACCAACACUUGCGAUGGGCGUCGGACUAUCCUUGCUCGCCGUCACACCCGAAAUCGUUGGUCCUGCACUCGCCAUCGGUGCAUGUCUCGGUGCCGCAGCUGUAGUUCCCAAAGUCGUUCGACUAUUCUCCGGUCUGCGUUCGAGCGCGGCCUCGGGCACAGUCCGACCGAAUCCUGUAAUGGAGGAGCUGCAGCGCCAGAUCCGGGAGGAGAGGGAGAGGGCAGACGAUGCCGAGGCAAGACGAGAGAGAUCGGAAGCGGAUCGCAGGGAAGACAACGCACGCAUGCAAGCAGUGGAGAGGGAGCGGGCGGUGAUUGCGGAGGAGCUGCGAUGGGCGGACAGCGAGCGCACUCGGGCGGACAGGGCUCGGCGAGAUGCGGAGGCACAGGUGAGGAGCGCCGAGCAGGAGAAGACAGUGCUGGAAGAAAGUAGAAGGAGAGCGGAGGAGGAAAGGAGAAGGGUGAUGGAAGAGAGAGAUGCUGCACACGAGGAGAGACAGAGAGCCAAUAAUGAAGUAAAAAUGGCAGAAGAGGAGUGGAGGAAGGCAGAAGAAGCUAGAUGGAAAUCAGAGGAAGAGGCACAGAAGGCGGAGGAGAGACGACUGAGAGCGGAAGAGGACCAGAGGAUAGCAGACGAAGAGGUGAGAUUGAUCAGGCUCGAGAUGGACAGAAAAGAGCAUGCAAAGGUGGUAGCAGAGAGGACAGCCGCGGAAGCACGGGCGGCGCUCCAGAAGGCAGAGAAAUCACUAAAGGAGGGAAUCAGGCCUGUGGUCAUCCCAACCACAGAAGAAUUUGAGGCGACGAAGAAAAAGCUGAGGUAUCGAGACGGAGUCUUUCACUUCGCAAUCGCAGGCGUCUCAGGAAGUGGCAAGUCGUCGCUUAUCAACGCAUUCCGUGGCAUAAAGAACAACUCUAAAGAUGCGCUCAAGGCACCUGUUGGUAUUGUCGAAACGACCAAAACAAUCGCUCGAUAUGCCGACCCAGACAGUGAGGUCCCGUUUUUCUGGUACGACGUUCCAGGGGCAGGGACAUUAGACGUACCCGACUGGAUUUACUUCAACGACCAAGGUCUCUACGUCUUUGACUGCAUCCUGGUCCUCAUUGACAACCGAUUCAUGGCGACCGACCUCGCGAUUUUGCGGAACUGCGCGCGAUUCAAAAUCCCUGCAUAUAUCGUGCGGUCCAAGUCGAAACAGCAUAUCAGUAACCUGGCGGAAGAUUUGGAGUUGGAUGACGAAGACGAGGGUCCCAGACUUCUCAUGGCUCGACAGAUGUACAUUUCCGAGACUAGGAAGAACGUCGCACAAAACUUGGAAGCGGCGGGCCUCAUGCAGCAGAAAGUGUAUAUGGUCGACAGGGACACAUUGGUGAAGGUGCGGAACGGAGAGCAGCCGCGUGAAUAUCUGGAUGAAUGGAAUCUUCUCCACGAUAUACUAACAGAAGCCUCAAUCAGAAGAGAAGGCCGGAAAGAGCACGCACCGUAG